UUUCGUAUAUCCUCGACAUAUAGAAGCAGUCACAUGCAUUAUAUUCUACGAUUAUAUCUGUCAGAUCUUCUAAACCUUACGCAUGCCCCACUCUUGCGGUAGUCAAUCGAACACCUCAAUGUGCCACCGUCAAACGGGGCACAAAGCUCAGCAAAACCUCUGUGUGACGGGACAGUCAUGAACUAUCAAUGACAGUCAUGCACCCAGACUCCUACUCAUGUGGAUGUCUUAUCAGUUAUAGUUGGUGAUAGGUAAAUGCCACGGAUCGGAAGACUUAACGCCGCUUGGCGGGAUUAAAGGAAGGACAAGAGAACAUGUUUGAGAAUUUCAGAGAGAGACUGCAGACGGUGCAGCAGGAUUUCACAACAGGGAUCAAGACUCUGAGUGACAAAUCGAAGGACGCCAAAGUGAAAAAGAAGCAAAGAAGAGAGGACCACACACCUCAGUUUUCAGCUGGACUGGAGCUGCUCAGUCGGUAUGAAGAUACUUGGGAGACCCUCCAUAAACGUGCAAAAGAAUGCGCCAAAGCUGGAGAGACCGUGGACGGGGAGGUGGUCAUGCUGUCGGCUCACUGGGAGAAGAGGCGCACCGGGGUGGUAGAGCUGGAGGAACAGCUGCAGCAGGUCCCCGCGUUCCUGAGCGACCUGGAGACGGUUACGUCCCGCAUCGGUGAGACACUAGCCUCCGCUGAUGGACCA